AUGGCUUCAACCAUGACGGAUGCCAUGGUCCCUCGACGUCACCGCAAGGCCCAUCGGAAGUCUCGCCUCGGAUGUAAAAACUGCAAGCUUCGAAGUGUCAAGUGCGACGAAUCUAAGCCGGCUUGUAAGCGUUGCCAGGCAUCCGGGUUUUGCUGUGACUUCUCUAGCCAAGGACCCAUGCUGCAACUCCAGCAUGCGGGAGUCUACAAAUUCGAUCUUAGCCUGAGCUCACAGGGCCCGAGUCCCCGGUAUACCAUCCCCAUCGUUCUUCCUUGCUCCACCGCCUUUGGCGAGUAUGAGUUGAGGGCCGAGGACUUUGCCGCCCUGGACCGAUAUCGCAACCGAACUCUCAACCAUAUCGGGACAAAGGAGUCCCGGCCAUUAUUUAGUGACGAAAAUGGUGGUAUUGGGGUUUCGCAUCCAUUUCUUCUUCACAUGUUUAUUGCGCUUGCCUUCAUUCACGACUCCUGCUCCCCAUCCCCAUUUCCCUCAACAGAACAAGCCUUGAUGUCAUUCCACUGGUAUCAGGCUUCGGCAAUAUUCAGAAGGAUGCUCUCCCAAGGUCGAUUUGGCGUGACGGUGGUUGAACAUGACGCGCUUUGGGCCACAUCCGUGCUUCUCGGAGCUGCCUCAUUCGCGUAUCUCGGUACUCACGAUCCCAAAAAGACUUGGCCGUUCCGAGAUCCGGAUCCGUCCGACCUGGGCUGGAUCAAGAUGGGUGACGGGAAGAAAGCUGUCGGAGAAACCAUCGGGCCAGUUCAAGAGGGCACUGCCUUCCAGAAGUACAGGACAAACAUAUUAACUGAUUCACUUCCGAGAGGCGAUGCUCCGAUACCUUUAGAUGCUUUCCCGCAAUGCUUCUAUACUCUUUUUGACCAGUUCCCUUCGACGGACUCCGAGGCUGAUGUUUAUUUUCGACCGGCCUCAAUCCUCGCGGAGAUUCUACCCCACCCUUUUAUUCCGGGGAAACUUGGCCGCUUCAUUUCCUUCACUAUCGGCAUGGAAGAUAGCUAUAAAGACCUCCUUGCGCAAAAGGACCCUCGAGCCCUUCUUCUUCUCGUUUGGUACUAUGCAAAACUGGUCGAGUGUAAGAUAUGGUGGAUGCGUCAACGAGCCAUCAUAGAAGGGAUGUCGAUUUGUCUAUAUCUGGAAUCCAAGCAUCCGCACAAAUUAAUCCUUGAAGGCCUGGUAUGGCCAAAAACGGUGCUCUCGUCAGCGUACCAACAUAGUCUCGAUACCAAUGGGGGGUUGAACGAGAUGCCUCAACCUGAUAAGCAGAUAUCCGAAAAGGAUAUUCAGAAGGAAAAUGAGAAGCAAGUUAGGUUGGAAGUUUGA